CAUGACGGGCUCCGGUCCGAAGCUCGGCGUCCUGCUGCUGGUGGCGGUGCUGCUGCAGACCGUGGUGGUCACCAUCACCGUGCUGCACUUCACCACGGCUCUCAACUCGAUGAAGGAGACGUUCGCCCGGAGCAGUGUCUCGUGCCUCACGGGCUCUGACCUGCAGAGCAUCAGGGCUGGCAGAGGAGAUCCAUGCUGGCAGGUCAGCGAGCAGCUCCACCUGCUCAUCGAGAAGUCUCUGUCUCAGCGUUACCAGAGGAGGAUUACAUCAGCAGUGAAAGAUGAAGUGUCUCGUGUGUUGCCCUCAGUUGUGAUGGAUGACAGGGCUUCACCUCGCCCCAAAGUCGCCGCUCAUGUGACAGGAAGCUUCGUGCCCAAACCGGAACAAGAGUCCACAGUUCCAGUCUCUGCCUGGCGACGAGUUCAGGGCCAGAAGAUCUUGUGGUGGGAGGGGGAAAAGGGGCUGGCGUUCCUUCAGGAUGUCCAGCUGCUGGACGGAGAGCUGGUCGUGUCGCAGCCGGGCCUCUAUUACAUCUACGCCCAGACGUACUUCAGGCACACCCACUCCCUGGAGGAGGAGGAGGGGGGAGAGGAGGGGGAGGACAGGGGGAAGCCUCUGCUGCAGUACGUUUAUAAAAAGGACCAGGAUGUGGUCCUCUACAUGCUCCACAGGACCGCCACACUCCGGGGACGUUGCAUGAGAAUCUCGUUUUUCACCGAGCGAAUGCAGAGCCACUCAUACGACCUCCUGGUCAGACAGGAGUCUCCUGCGGCGCCUCCUGGUCAGACUGGAGGCGCCGCAGGAGACUCCUGA